GUGCGAUGCUGAUUCUUGACGACUCUCGGCUCGCGUCGUUUGGUUCAGUUACACUUUAAUCACUCGCGGCGACGGUCGACUCGUGCGCGAUCCUCUCUCUCUUUAUUUCUCUUUUGGUGUCCUUUCGCUCGUUACCCCCCGCCCGCUCACACUCCCACGAUUGGCGUUCUCGCGCGCGUGUGUGUGUUUUUGUUUCGGCAAGGAAAGACGUCGUGCGAAAAGAAGCUGGUUUUGUGUGUGACGACGACGACCGAGACGCCAUAAAGGUUUAAAAAUAUCGUGAAAACAGUGAAAAUUUUUCGGCGAACCGCUAACGGCUGAUUCACGGUUGAAUUUUGGCAGGCAGAGAGGAUAUUUAUUCUGAGAUUGGACACAUACACAAAAGAUCCCCACCAGGCGGAAAUCAUGACAACCACUCGAGAACGGCGGGAAGAGUAUCACAACGUGGUCCGCACACUGAGCCCCUCGCGGCCCCUCUCGCCGGGGACACACGCGAACCAGUUUGACAGCAAUUUGGAUAACCUCCUGGAGGAUCUCCAGGCCAGCGUGUCCCGUCCCGGCAGCUCAUUAGGCCAACCCAUCCACCACGGGGGUGGCGGAACGUACUCGUCGACCCGUGAAGUGCAGUACCUCCAGCCGGCCAAUGUCACCACGGUGGCCCGGGAGCGGUCCCUCAGCCCGAACCUGCAAACGCAAAACAGCAGCAAGGUGUACAAAACGGCCAAGUACGAGUACAAGAGCAGUAGCUCCGGUGGCGGUGGCGGCGGCACCGGUCCCUCGGAGGGGGUCAGCGAGGUCUACCAGCGGAACAUUAAUCAACUGGACACGCUGCUCAACGAUCUGGAGCGGGAACGGGACUCGUCGCUGGAUCGAAGCCAACGCAGUCUCAACCGCAGCGGAAUUGACUCCGGAUUGAUCGAACCCGGCACCAAAAUCAUCAAAACCACAACAACAUACUCAUCGGCCGGCGGUGCCAACAAACAUCCCGUGUCGCGUGAACUCGUGUUCGAUUCCCCAGGCAGCUACGAGAUCCGUCAGUCCCGUUCGCGGCAGCGUAGUCCCUCGUACGAGAACGCCUCCACCACGGUCAACUCCAGCUCCACGAACAUCUACGGCGGAAUCAACAACCGCUCCCGGACGGUCACCCCAGUCCGGUCCGAACAGUAUUACACCGAAACGCGCACGGUUUCCCCGAAUUCGGAACUGGUCCCCCGAAAUGUCCACUACAAUGAGACGGUUUCGGUUGAUUCGGCCCCGGCAGCUAAGGCACUGGCCAAUAUUCAACUUUCAGAUAAUAUUUUACCUCGUCCGAAUACGAAGGUGACGACCACGGUGAGGACAUACACAUACGAACUUCCACCGGACAGUGAGCUGAACCAGUCCCUCUCCUACCGGAACGAAUCUCUCCACCAAACAUCCAACACGCUGCCGAUUGCCUAUCCUGAACGUGACCUCUCACCUACCCAGCACGUCAACCCAAGCCAUAAGACCAUCCUGGUCAAGAACGAAACCAUCAACACGUCGAACAACGUCCAAGAGUACCCGGUACCAACCAUCCUGGACCACCAACUACCCCCAAACACGGCCAAAUCGAUCUACUACAAGAAGGAUACCAAGCACUCAACCACAAACUACUAUCCGGAACAUCCGACCCACCCAGCAACCAACUUCCAAGCCAUCGAACCACCACCACCAGGACCCAACACGUACAUCUACCGCGAGGAGCGCACCAGCAACAACAACACCACAAACCGAUACGGCUCCCCGGUCCCCAUCGUGGACUACCCCGAUUCCCGUCACGGCACCUACCCCCGGGAACCGCAACAGAUGCCGGCACCGCCCACGACCGUCACGUACAAGUACAGCUCGACAACGACGAAUGCCACCCGGAACCUGUAUCCGCCGCCGGAGGAACGGGAACCGCUGCUGCAGCCGUUCCCGACCGACGGGAUGGUGCCGCAGAACGAGGUCGACGGAAGUCCGCCGAAGCGCGUCGAGGAUCUGAUGGCCACACUUGGGGAGAACGGCCAAGUCACCUACAUCACGCAGCACCACACGCACAACACCAGCAACACCCAUCACCACAACGGAAACGGUCCACGCAAGCACCGGGAGCCCUCGCCACCGGCCAAACUGGUCGAGGAACCUCUGGACAGCAAGGUCGUUCCGGUUGCCAACUCAAAGAACGUGGCCGGACCGCCGGUUUACUAUCCCCCGGGACAUGAAAUGUUCGCCAAAAAGGAGAGCGAAGCCGCAGCUUGGCGGGCACAGGGUGAAUACGCCAAGGCCAGCGGCAAGUACAUGUACGAGGCGGAGAGCAAGUCCAAAACCACGUCCAAGUCCGGCGCGGCAGUGGUGCCAGUUUGUUUGCCCCUGUGCUGCGCCAUGCCCUGCAGCAUCAUGUAAAAUGCGGAAAACUUUGAAUUCUUACUGACAAAUUUUAACACCACACGUGAACGAGCAAGUUAACACAUUUUGCACAGAACCUUUCCCCCGCCUCGAGUGUAACAAGAACGACGAAUUGAUGUGCCAUUAAGUUUUGUUUUUUGGUUGAUAAGUUAAAGUGAAAAUUUUGUGCCUAACAAAUGCAAUAUGGAAGGAAGAAAUUAUGCAAUAAAAAAAAUGGUAAAAUCAAUUUGUGCAAACAAGCGAACAAAGAAUAAAAACAAAUUGACUAAAACAACCACUCUGUGCCAAUUAACGAUAUUAUAUUACUUUUAUGUUGUUAUUGUAUACAAAAAUCUCUAAUUCUUGAUGCCAAUAAAAUCGCGAUUCGAAACUAAA